UAUGUAUGUAUAUGUAUAUUUAGUAGAAGCAUGAAGUAUAACCUCUCUAAUUCGAGUAGUAUCAUCUGGCAUCAAACUCAUUGGAGAUUUAAAAAUGCCUACAGGAAAAAGAAUACAAGAUUCAAGACUUGUAUCUCCAGAAAACAAUCCAUGUCUCAAGGAACAUGGACUAUCGAUGAAAUGUAUUGAGGAAAAUUAUAAAAAUAAAAACGAAGCUUGUGGUGCAUAUUUUGAUAAUUAUAAAGCUUGUAAAAAAUUUUGGAAUAACGUUUAUGCAGACCGUAAACGCCGUGGAGUAGAACCUUAUUUACCGCCACCAGAUGAAAGAGAAAAAAUAAAAAGUGAUUAUUUAAGUCAAUUUAAGAAAUAAUUAUUUUUAAUCAUUCAUAUAUAUUUAUAAUUACGUUAUGUAGUACAUCAUUUUUUAUAUAUAUAUAUAUAUAUGUAUAUAUAAAUACUGUAAAUACAUUUAUUGAAACCAGGAUAAAAUGAAUGUAAUAAAAU